AAAAACCCUCUAUUCACCCCUCUAGAAGAGUAGAACCCCCUUCAAGUUCAAGUUCGUAGCUGCAACAAACAGAGAAGAAAGCAAAGGAAGAUCCAUGUCGGACCCAUACGAGAAAGUGAAAGGAGGUCGGUUAACCUUCAAGGGAGGCACAGUAGCCAGCCGCAGCAAAGCAAUCGACAAGAAGAAGAAGAAAAAGAAGAACAAGUCCACCGACGACGUCGUUUCCGACGAGCCCUUGACCGGUGACGCUGCCGUUGCCGCUACUGAACAAGAUGCCGACGCCGCUACUGAUGAUAUUUAUACGAUUGACGCCGCUAAGCGUAGGAAAUACGAUGAGUUGUUUCCGGUCGAGGCUAAGAAAUUCGGGUACGACCCGAAUGCAAAAGUCAAGUCCGUUGAAGAUGCCCUUGAUGACCGGGUCAAGAAGAAAGCUGACCGUUACUGUAAAUGAAUCCCUUGCUUUUUAGGUAUCGUCUAUCAAUCCUUGUAAUUUCACUAUUUCAGGUUCAAAUGAUCCUAUGAUGUUAGCUUACGUCGGGGCUUACUAAUAAGUUGACAUUAGAGUUUUGGCCCCAGCUUUAUUCCCUGUAACAAUGGAAUCGUAUUAUGGAACAUUUUGAGUAUUGUUUUGUUUACUGAUUA